AUGCGAAAAGAAAUAAUGCAUUCAUCAGUGCCUUUACUUGAGUUUGAUAAACAAGGUGAUGUUCGUUUAAUUCAAUCAAAAGAUAAUAAAUCUCUUUUACAUUGUCAAUGUUUAUUUGUUCGUUAUAUAUUACAUCAAAUAAGUUUGAUAGUUUUCGUUUUGGUUUAUCUUAUAUUUGGGGGUCUGUUUUUUGCAUUUAUUGAAUCUGAAUAUUAUUUAAAAAAAGAUGUUGAACGAAAAGAAAUAAUUAGUGAAACAUAUGGAAAUAUUCGUUCAUUAGCUAUUCAUUUAUUAAAUGAACAAUUAAAUGAAAAUUUUGAAAAUGCUUAUCAACAAUGGAGAUGGGAUAAUGAAAAGCUAUUAAAUUAUAUUUAUUUAAAUAGUGAACGAGCUAAAAUAUUGGAUAAUCAAACAGAAUUUGAAUUAGAAAAUUUAUUAUUACGUUUAGAAGUCAUUCGCUAA